AUGCGCCGGUCACGGUUCAAAAUUUUGGGUUGUGACAGAAGAGCGGAGGCAGAAGAGCGGAGAUGUUGGUCUUUCAGUACUGAGAAGAUUUUUGCUUUCGAAGUCAUCUCUGAUGAAGGUUCUAUUCUAAGUGAUAUUCCUUCUGUUCAGGUAAUUGCUUGUCUUGAUGUGAGGACAAAUGAUAAAGGAGAUCUAGUUGUAACCAAAGGAGACCAGUAUGAUGUAAGAGAACAAACAAAAGAAAAUGAGGCUAGAAACCUUGGCAACCCAGUGGAGCUUGCUGGACAAUAUUACAAAGAUGGGGCUGAUGAGGUUAGUUUUCUGAAUUUUACUGGUUUCCGAGGCUUCCCUUUAGGUGAUUUGCCAAUGUUGCAGGUUUUGAGGUACACUUCAGAAAAUGUUUUUGUACCACUGACUGUUGGAGGUGGAAUUAGAGAUUUUACAGAUGCUAAUGGCAGGUACUAUUCUAGUUUAGAAGUUGCUUCAGAAUAUUUUAGGUCAGGUGCAGAUAAAAUUUCUAUUGGAAGUGAUGCUGUCUAUGCUACAGAAGAAUACUUAAGAACUAAAGUAAAGACUGGAAAGAGCAGCAUAGAACAGAUAUCUAGAGUCUAUGGAAAUCAGGCAGUGGUUGUAAGUAUUGAUCCUCGUAGAGUCUACCUCAAGAAUCCUAGUGACUUAGAGUUCAAGGCUGUAAGGGUUACUAACCCAGGUCCAAAUGGAGAAGAAUAUGCCUGGUAUUAGUGCACAGUAAGCCUUGUUUUCUUUCUACUGUUCCACAUGCAAUGAAGUCAAACCCAUACUCUGGAACUUAGGGAUGUGCCAAUUUUAUGUUGUUUGGUCUAGC